AUGAUAAAGGCUAUUUUAGUUUUUAACAACCACGGAAAGCCUAGACUUUCGAAGUUUUAUCAAUAUUUUAAUGAAGAUAUGCAGCAGCAAAUAAUAAAGGAGACUUUCCAGCUGGUUUCAAAACGAGAAGAUAAUGUGUGUAACUUUUUAGAAGGAGGGUGCCUUAUUGGUGGGUCAGACUACAAAUUAAUAUAUCGUCACUAUGCAACGCUUUAUUUUGUGUUUUGUGUGGAUUCAUCUGAAAGCGAAUUGGGUAUUUUAGACCUUAUCCAAGUUUUUGUGGAAACUUUAGACAAAUGUUUUGAAAAUGUUUGUGAGUUAGAUUUAAUCUUUCAUGCUGAUGCUGUACAUCACAUUCUGGCUGAGCUGGUAAUGGGAGGAAUGGUUCUCCAAACAAAUAUGACCGAUAUAUUAGCACGAAUCGAAGAACAAAAUAAAUUAGUGAAGCAAGAAGCAGGUAUAUCUGCUGCCCCCGCACGUGCUGUGAGUGCUGUUAAAAGUAUGAACAUUCCCCAACAAAUAAAGGAUAUUAAGCUCCCCGAUUUACCCCAAGCGAUUAAAGAUUUGAAAUUCUGACCAGGUCAAACGUCCGCCACUAUAAUUUUGGACUCAUUUAUCACCAGCAAUAUGCCGUCUUCUUCUAUUAAUUCAACAACAUUCCCUACGUUGUCAACUACAGAUACUGAUUAUUACACAUUUUUGCGUCAAAAUACAUACGAACUAAUUGAUGAUGAAUAUGAUGUCAACUUAUCCACUUCAUACAUUUUUUCAUCAACUAGUUGCAAUUCCGAUUACUACCAAAGGGAAGCCGGAAUAAGCAUUUUUACGUUGGAAACAAAAAAUAAUCAAAAUGACAUUAAAAUAAAACCUAAAAAUGGAAUGGAAAAUAAUAUGAAAGAUGAUAAACAGUUGAUUAAUAUAUCUAGCCAAGAAACGCCUAAACGAAAGAAAAAACAGAAGAAACAGGUAUCGCUUAUUUGCAAUAACCGUUAAGUAAUAAUGUUAUAAUGAAAAUAUUUAUUUAUGAAUUUAUUAAAUAUUAGUAAAAAAAAACACGUGAUAACUGCUUGAAAUAUACUAUAAUCACUUCAUUCGUUCAAUGCAGUACAAUUUACUUGUGCUGAAUAUUGAUUUGUAUUUGUAUUGUAUAUAAUAUUUUAACUUUGUGAACGAUUAAAGAACUAUUAAGUAUUGA